UCCACAUCAUUUCCGGUGUGGGCGGAAGUGCUCCUGUCCUCUCCGCGUGCCUCGCCGGACCGUCUCCACCGUCCAAACAUGGCACUGUACAAUUUUAAGAAGAUUAUGGUGGUCCCUACCGCCAAGGACUUCAUUGACAUCACCUUAUCCAAGACCCAGCGCAAGACCCCCACCGUGGUGCACAAGCACUACCAGAUCCACCGCAUCCGCCACUUCUACAUGAGGAAAGUCAAGUUUACCCAGCAGAACUACCACGACCGCCUCAGCCAGAUCCUCACCGACUUCCCCAAGCUUGACGACAUCCACCCGUUCUACGCAGACCUGAUGAACGUGCUCUAUGACAAGGACCACUACAAACUGGCUCUGGGACAGAUCAACAUCGCCAAGAACCUCAUUGACAAUGUGGCUAAAGAUUACGUGCGUCUGAUGAAGUACGGAGACUCGCUGUACAGAUGUAAGCAGCUGAAGAGGGCCGCGCUGGGCAGAAUGUGCACCAUCCUCAAGAGGCAGAAGUCCAGCCUGGAGUACCUGGAGCAGGUGCGUCAGCAUCUGUCCCGUCUGCCCUCCAUCGAUCCCAACACCAGGACCCUGCUGCUGUGUGGGUACCCAAACGUGGGCAAGUCCAGCUUCAUCAACAAGGUGACCAGGGCAGAUGUGGAUGUGCAGCCGUACGCCUUCACCACUAAGUCUCUUUUUGUAGGUCACAUGGACUACAGAUAUCUGCGCUGGCAGGUAGUGGACACCCCGGGGAUCCUGGACCACCCUCUGGAGGAGAGGAACACCAUCGAGAUGCAGGCCAUCACUGCCCUGGCUCACCUGCGCGCCGCUGUGCUCUACGUGAUGGAUCUGUCCGAGCAGUGCGGACACACACUCAGCCAGCAGGUGGAGCUCUUCAACAACAUCCGCCCGCUCUUUGCCAACAAGCCUCUCAUUGUUGUGGCCAACAAAUGUGAUGUGAAGAAGAUCAGUGAGCUGACAGAGGAAAACCAGAAAAUCUUUUCUGACCUGGUGUCUGAUGGGAUUCCUGUGAUCGAGAGCAGCACUCUGACAGAAGAGGGCGUCAUGCAGGUCAAGACUGAGGCGUGUGACCGGCUCCUGGCUCACCGAGUCGACGCAAAGAUGAAGACGAAGAAGGUCCAUGACGUGCUGAACCGCCUGCACCUGGCCAUGCCCAACAAGAGGGAUGAGAAGGAAAGACCUCCGUUCAUCCCAGAGGGGGCGCUCCAGAGGAAGAAGGCCAUGGAGGUGGACCAACCCAAACGCAAAACGGAGCGCGACUUGGAGCUGGAGAUGGGAGACGACUACAUUCUGGAUCUGCAGAAGUACUGGGACCUGAUGAACAGCGAGGAGAAGCAGGACAAGAUCCCCGAGGUGUGGGAGGGACACAACAUCGCAGACUACAUCGACCCAGAUAUCAUGAAGAAACUGGAGGAUCUGGAGCGGGAGGAGGAGCUGCGAGAGCGCGCCGGAGAGUACGACUCGGACGAGGACAGUGAGGACGAGGAAAUGCAGGAGAUCCGCGUCCUGGCCAAGCAGAUCAAAGACAAGAAACAGUUGAUGGUCCUGGAGUCCAAGGAGAAGGACAAGCACGGGCCCCGCAUGCCCCGCACAGCCACCAAGGUGGAGAGGAAGCAGCUGGAGAAGGAGAUGGGCUCUCUGGGUCUGGACAUGGACGAUAAGGACGACAGUCACUACGCGCAGCAGGCCCGACGCUCUCGCAGUCUGGUGAAGAAACGCAAACGCGAGGCCUCCGCUCCCCCCACCUCCAGAACCCGCACCCGCAGCCAGAGCGCGUCCAGACCUCCACGGGACAAGUCUGGACUCAGAGAUCCCAAGAUGAUGAAGAAGGCCAAGACCAUGAUGAAGAACUCUCAGAAGGGCAUGAACCGACAGGGAAAGAAGGGCGAGUCCGACCGACACGUGUUUGACCUCAAACCCAAACACCUGCUCGCCGGGAAGAGGAAGUCUGGCAGCACGGACCGCAGAUAAACCCCACCUCGACACCUGAGAACAUCUAUGGACGCCUGUGAACUGUGUGUGCGUGAGCAGAAAGGAAAAGUCUGCUGCAGGAGUUGGCCUGGAACACUGCAGACUAAACAGCUAGAAGGUCUUUAUAUGUGCUUCUACAGCAAUUUAUUGUUGUCCUCGUGUAAGACGAUCACAAAAUGAAAAUAUGUCCGCAAAAAAUGGUCCAUGACAAAACAAAUGUAUACGAUGUUGUGACAGGCCUGGUUGAGAGUCUGGAUUUCUGGUUCUCUGCCUUAUUCUAACAUGAAAGAUGACUCUCUCGUCAAUGAAUAUAAAUAUUAAAUGGUUGUCAUUUUUUUUCAGAAUGCCUCAUAUUCUACAAAAUAUAAAAAUAUAUGAAAAUA